AUUUUGUCCAUACGGUAUCGCUAAAGUCAUUCGCGUUUCGAGCACGAGGUAAUAAAUAAACUUAAUUAAAUUCGUCAUAGAAUUUUUACAUAAUGGCAGUUUCUAUGGUAAGAAGAUUAACUUCUGCUUUCCGAAAAAUUGAACAAACGUUGAACAUAAUUUUUAAUCGUAAAUUUCCUCCAGAAGCAUUAUAUGCAAUAGAUUGUAAUGGCUUAAAUCUUCCAUGUAAUGUAAACAAUCGUAGUCGAUUUUCUCUAAAAGACAUUAUUGGAGAUGGAUUUUUAUGGGGAGUUCCAACAGUAAGACGUACCAUUGAAAAACGUAUGAGUAGAAGAUUUGGAGUUCCAAAAUAUAACUGGAAACCACAUGUUCCAAAAACUAAUCUUUUGAUGUGUCCUAAUUGUGGUAGUCAUCAUGAAGCUGGGCUUUUAUGCGGAUAUUGUUAUGAAAAAGUCAAAAUAGAAACAAAAGAGAUGCAAGAUGCCAUUCAACAAAAAUUAGGAUUAAGUGCAGUUGAGGAAGAUGUUAUUGUUAUUUAUGAAGGAGAAAAUAACAAGACAGAAGAAUUCUGGAAGAACCAAAAAGUAAUAGAGAUGCCAAAGAAACGACCUGAAUGGUUUCAUAAAAAUCUUCUUGAACCAUCUACGGUUGAACCUUCUGAUAGUAAGGAUAUAAAACCUCCACAACUUGCUUAAAACAAUUUAGACUAUUUUCAAAAAAAGUUAUUUGGACAUCUAUUGUAUCCCUUUUUUUUAAUGCCAUUUUAAUCAUUACAGAAAUCUAAUUUUCAUAAAACAAUUUGUAAUAUCUUUGUAAUGUCAAUGUGUUAUUUGAUUUGAUCUAGAAAUAUUUUUAUUGUGAAAAUAAGUAGUAUAUUUGUAAAUAAUUUCUAUAUUCAGCAUUAUGCAAGAUACAAAUAUAUAAUCUAUAGUAAAAUA